CUGCCUAUAAAAUUUGGCGUUGAGCUCUGUGACUAUAGCUCCUCGGUUACCCUGAAGGCUUUGCACUCUCCCUGGAACUUCAAUCUACGCAGAGUAGACGCUAUGUCGAAUCGAGAUACCCUUACCAGACAAGAUGGUAACAGGGCUUUCGCCAAAGCCCAGAAAAAGUUCGUCCCCAGAACGCACGGUUCUGCCCCAAGGGAACCAAACACCGGCAGUCCCACGCUCACCUCUUCUUUUCGACAAUCUCUUUCCCGACAAUCCGGGGCAACAGCUGCCUCGGGCAGUCGGGUCCGAUUGCGGGAUAACGGAGAUUGUGUUUCCGGUAGAGAUCACAGUGGCAAGUUUGUAAACUACUUGCCGCAAGAUGAGGCCGUUGCGGCGGGACUUGGCGCCGAGGAAGGAGGAUUGGAUCCCCUGGAGUCUCAGCGAGUGGUCGAUCUUCUCAACGGAGAGUUGUCGCGCUUGCUCAAACUGAACCCUCGAGAUUUCUGGAAAGAAGUGGCCAGCGACACAUCUUUGCAUGAUUUUUUAGAUAGCUUCCUACAGUUUAGGAGUCGAUGGUAUGAUUUUCCUCAUCAUGGAGCCAAGGGAAUAGUUGCAGGCAUCCUUGUUCGAGAGUUUGAGUUAAGUCAACGCGUCUUCAUGGUAUUAUAUCGAAUAUCUUCCAAUAGGGAUCCUGUUGCUCGAGCUGCUGAUAGCCUCAAUUCGAAAGACCAUGCUGUUCUUUUGCAGGAAAAGAAGUUGCUCGACUUACCAAAGUUGUUAGAUAUAUGUGCUAUAUAUGGACAUGAAAAUCAAGAUUUGACAAGGUCACUGGUCAUGAAUGCUUUGAAAGCCCAGCCUGGAAUCCAUGAUGGUUUAACUGCCGUGUUGUUUCAUUUUCUGCACAUUGUCCACACAAUGCAUCAGCGUUGCAGCUCAUCUUUGGAGGCUUUGUCAUCCUCUGGAGGCCUUGAAGAGCAUGGAUCUAGUCAGCUCCAUGCAGAUUUUCUAGAGGUAAUGGACUUCAUAAAUGAUGCAAUUGCAUCAAUGGAUGCUUUUGUCAGUGUAUACAAACCUGCUGCUGUGAUCUUCUCUUGUCCUGUUGAAAUGAGUUAUGGGAAUGAGGAACUGCUCAUUGCACUUGCAAGGUUGCAUGAUUCCUUGCUACCAUCUUUACAACGAGGGUUUCAAAUGAUCGUUGCUGCAAGAGGUGGACUUCAGAAUGCAUUUGGUGUACUUACAGAUGUUGCUGUCAGUUUAAAGAUGUUAUCAGUGAGAAUAGCUAACCUUGGUUGGAGAUUAUUGGACAUUUGCCAUCUAAGUAAUGAGAUGUUUGAUGGUAGCUUCUCCCUUCCAGCAGCCACAAAAAUGUUUCCAGCCAAUGUAGAGGAUCCCGUUGUUAGGGCUGACAUUUUGAUUCAGACUUUUAGGGAUGUCAAUGGAGUUGCACAACCUGUUCCAGAGAACCAGAACAGGGUAACAUUUCUUCAGAAUAUUGAAAAGAAUUGCAAAAUUAUGAGCAGGCUUGAGAAUUUACGAGAUAAUGGAUGGAUUUUCCUGGAUGAUGAACAGUUUCAGUUUUUAUCUGGGAUCAUGCAUCCUUUAAAACCCAUUAUUAAGAAUCAACCCUCUGCACAAAUCCUAGCAAGUAACAAACUACAAACGGAUGAAGAUGCUGCGAUUAUUGAAUCCAAAAUCUCUCAAAUAAGAGACCUUUUCCCUGAUUAUGGUAAAGGGUUCCUAUCAGCCUGUCUUGAAGUCUAUAACCAGAAUCCGGAAGAGGUGAUUCAGAGGAUUUUGGAGGGAACUCUCCAUGAAGAUCUUCAGUCCCUGGACACUUCGUUGGAAAAGAUUCCACAACCCAAGUCAUCUUCAUCAUUGGGCAGGAAUGACAAGGGGAAGGGGAAAGUUUCUGAAUUCACAGCACUACCUUCUGCUGACGUGGCAGGUGUAGACAAGAAGCAACAAACUCAGGGUGCCUCAUUUUCAUCUUCUUCUUCAGUUGGGAGGUAUACCAGGAAGCCCAAAAAUGACUUGCCUGAUUCUGAGACCCUUAAUUCUAAAGAUGAAAGGGAUUCAGCAAAGACUGCUGCUCUAGUUUCACAAUACGAGUAUGAAGACGAGUAUGAUGACUCUUUCGAUGAUUUAGGUCUUAGUGUUGUUGAGUCAGGUUUGGAGGAAACUGAGAUACUGGGAGACAGGAUCAGUUCAAAUAUGUCUUUGGAGACUCAAACUGAAAGCCCAGCUCAACAUGGUUUUAAUUCAAAAUGGGGCUCCAGGAAGAAGCCUCAGUUCUUUGUAAAAGAUGGUAAGAAUUACAGUUACAAAAUUGCUGGUUCAGUUGCAGUUGCGAAUUAUAAUGAAGCAUCAUUAGUAAAUCAAGCACAGAAAGAAUUAAUUCAUGGCCUUGGACGUGGUGGGAACCUUCCUCUUGGUGCGGUCAAGAAACUAACAGAGUCGAGUGAAGAGCAAGACGACCAGCCUGAUGUUUCUGAGAUGGCUGGAAGAGGGAGCCGUGGUAACUCUAGGGGUAGGGGUAGGAGAGGGGGAGGAAGAAGCCAUUACAAGAAGGACCAGGCCUUCAAGAAACAUUUUUCUGGGUUGGGUGGUUAUUAGGUAUGCUGAGGAUAAGUGUGCUUUUUUUUCUCCUGCCCAUCUAUUUAAUUUUCUAUGAAAAGAUUCAAAAAAAAAAAAAAAAAAGGUGAGGGGUGAAGAAAGAAAUUGAUCAAUGGGUUUUUUUGUUGGAGCUGCCAAACAGCUGUAUAGUAAGCUCAUCCCUCUGGGAUGGUGUCAUUCAACCAAUGUAAAUUUGGGUUAGAUGUCGUCUUGAGAAGCAAGUAAAUUUUGUGUAAUUACUCAUUUGAGUUAUUGUUGAUUCAAAAAUUAUAGACAAUGUUUAUGAAGGGCUUUUUCAAGUUGGAAGAUGAAA